AUGCCUGAAACCUCCUCAUCUGCACUAGGUCUGUCAUCCCCACACAGGCAAGUGCGGACCUGCAACCUGUGUCGUCAGCGCAGAGUCAAGUGCGACCGCCAGGUUCCACGGUGCUCCAACUGCCUGCGGUCCGAAGGUAACUGUGUCUACCCGCCCGGUCGGGGCAGGGCGCCUAAGAGACCAAGACACGGCGUGGACCCCCGGCUCCCUGAACGUCUGUCCCGCCUUGAGAGUAUUAUCAACCAAUUUGGUGCAGCUGCCCAGGAGAAUCAUCAGGCUCAAGAAACCUCUCACGCCCGAGAAGCGAGCGAGACCCAUCCAUUUGAUCUAGACUUUAGUCGUCUUAAGGUUGAUGAGUCUAAAAGCUACUACGUGAACAAUGCCCUUUGGGUCACAUUGUCCAAUGAGGUUGAGGAACUCCGUGACCUCUUAUUUGAGCCCGCGAGCGAAGAUGAGGUCCACGAUCCGGCGCCGUCAACAUAUUCCUCGCAUUCUUCAUCCACCACCAGUACUGCCGCCAGCUGUGCUUCCUCUCAGAUGGGGCUGAAUGCCGCCAUCUUCGGCUUUGCCUCUUCCCUCCAGCAUCUCCACCCUCCAUUGACCCAGGCUGUCACGCUUUUCGCCGCAUUCACAGAGAAUGUUGCGCCACUAGUCCGCAUUUUCCACAUGCCUACGUUGACGCACGUCUACUGGGACGCUAUUGCUUCUCUUGACUCUCUUGAUAAGCAUACCGAGACCCUCAUCUGUGCUAUUCACUACUCAGCCGUGGUUAGUCUUACUCCAGAACAGUGUCUUGGCAUCCUCCAUGAGACGCGUGAAGCUGCCCUAGAGAGGUACCGGUUGGCCGUACAACAAGCACUUGUUCGUGGUAACCUGCUCAACACCCAGAGAAUGACGAUGCUACAGGCGGCAGUGCUCUUCUUAUCUGCAUUACCUAACGAGGACGACUCGCGCGCCGCUUGGUCGCUAACAUCGCUCAUCUACCACAUUGCGCGAACCAUGGGUCUGCACCGUGAUGGGACGGCGUUCGGGCUCAAACCCUUCGAGACAGAGCUGCGUAGGCGCCUAUGGUGGCAGAUCUGCAUUAUCGAUAGCCGCUCGUCCGAGUAUCACUGCAACGAGCCUAUCGCGCAGCACUUUGCCUCGGACACCAAGCCACCCCUCCACGUCAACGAUGUUGACUUGUCGCCUGACAUGGUAGAGCCUCCAGCUGAGAGAUGGGACCACGCGACAGAUAUGACGCUUUCCUUAAUCCGGUGUGAAGCCAUACAGACAGGUUGGAAGCUAGGUCUUAUAAAGCAGAAGCAGCCCAGACUGCCGGGUAGCAGAAAUGCUGCAAUAGCAGAUAACUCCGAAGAACCUGCCAAGAAAUGCCGAGUCUUGAUCCAGAACCUAGAGGCGAGCUUCCGCAACAAAUAUCUGCGCAUCUGCGAUUCCUCCGUGCCCUUCCAAUUCCUGUCUUCAGCGGUAGCCCGCAUCAUCCUGGCACGCUUCUGGCUCACAACACAAUAUUCUGUUGCGUCACGCGAGAAUCAAGCAGAUGACAAAAAGACCAAGAGCAGUUUAUUCCCCGGAAUACCAGCCAGCACUGGCCAGUUAGAGAACAACAUGCGCGACGGGCUGUUCCGAACUUCCAUUGAGUUAUUAGAAGUCUCGGGCAUGCUUCUAACAAACAGAGACAUUACGAAAUGGACCUGGUACUCAACGACACACAUCCAGUGGGGCGGAAUGGCAUUUGUACUUUCCGAAUUAUGCGCCCGGUCUCACUCUCCCGAGUGCGAUCGCGCGUGGGACUGCGUCACGACCGUUUAUGACGCAUGGAAAACCAGCGGAGAUCAAGAAGACGAGAGCCGCCUCGCCCUCUGGCGACCGAUCAGGCGGCUUAUGGCCAAGGCCCGCUAUGUGAGAGAGAUGCAACGGACAGAUCGGGGACGGCCAGUACAGGCUGGGCGGAAGGCUCAGUGUUAUGACCCUACCCCGUGCCCGCCCGCCGCAGAAGUUCUGUCCCAUUAUCCCGAGACGACGCACACCAACGCUUGGUACGCAACGUCACAGCCCACAAUGUGUACCAUGCCAACGCCUGAGCCCUCGUUGUCUGCGUUUUCCUCGGGUCCGAAUAGCAAGGGGACUUCAGGUGCUUUCCGGGGACUACUUGGCACCGAAACGCUUAGCCCCUUCAUAGACUUCCUUCCAGACCGGUCCUGGGCAGAUGGUGAUGGUGACAUUUCCUUAUUAUUUCCAGGCAUUGAUCUUGAGCUCCCUUCAAGGUUGUCUUGA